AAACCCAUCAAGACUCUCAUUUACUCGUUCAUUUCCGGAACUUGUCGGUUUUUGAACAUGGGGAUGGCCUUACGAAAGUCUUCGUCGUUGUUGUUCAACACAAGGUUUCUGUGUCCGGAGCUACCAAUCACCUGCUCAUAUCACAAAAAGGUUGUGGACCACUAUGAAAACCCAAGAAAUGUGGGCUCUUUGGAUAAAAAUGCCAAGAAUGUGGGGACGGGUUUAGUCGGAGCACCAGCCUGCGGCGACGUCAUGAAACUCCAAGUUGAAGUGGAUGAAAAUGGUAAGAUCGUGGAUGCCAAAUUCAAGACUUUUGGUUGCGGAUCGGCCAUUGCUUCCAGCUCUCUGGCGACUGAGUGGGUGAAAGGCAAGUCGAUCGAUGAGGCUUUGAGAAUCAAGAACACAGACAUUGCAAAAGAACUCUCACUUCCACCUGUCAAGCUCCAUUGUUCCAUGCUUGCAGAAGAUGCCAUAAGAGCAGCCCUGUCAGACUACAGAAUAAAACAGAACAAGGAAGAGCAAGGUGUCAAAGCCAGCGGUUAAUUUCUCAUCAUUAAUUUUCCAUAAUGGGUCAGUGUACCUCAGGGAUGUGUCAUUUACGUACAACAUGUCAGAAGGACUUCCUUUGAGAUUAUGGCUCAUCCCCUCUUUUUUCUCGGCUAAUAAUGUAACAAGCCUAUUGUUCAAUAACAUUUGCAUUUAUGAUGCUGCAAUUCUAGCAUUUCUUUAGCAUCAAUCGCAUACCAAAAAUGAUAUCUAUGUAGUUUUAUUUUAAUCACAUUUGUCAUGGAGAUUUUGAAACUGGAAAUUAAAGAUCAAUAUUACAAUAA